AAAUUGGCCUUGCCCGCACGCCUCUUGGCCCACGGCCUGGACUCGUCUCGCCCGCGGCGAUCUCCUCCGUCCGCUCGCCGCGCCGCAACCCGGGAGACUGCGCUCGGUCGAGCACCACCUGGGGCCCGCCAUCCUCGCGGCCAUCUCCGGCACGGCGUCCGCCCUCUGCAGCCCCGGUGUUCCUGCGGCCGUCGCUGCUGUCCUACUUCGCCACUGGCCACUUUGCCCGGCGACGAGCACCACCAGCACACUAGGUAUUCCCUCCCCUUGCUCCUCCCUCCCUGCUGUGUGAAACCGUGAGCCCAAACCUUAAGGUAAUUCAUAGGUGCGGCGGCGGCGGCGAUGAGUAUCUCAGGGGAGCUUCGCGGCGAAGGAGGAUCUGACGGUGAGGAGGAGGUCUUCAUUAACGAGGAGGACAUCAUCCACGAGAUAACUAUCGACGACGAAGAUCUCCCCGACCGCGACGAAGAAGAUGACGACGUUGGCGAUGGGAUGGUUGACUCAGAAGACGUCGAUGAUUCUACAUACACAUUUCAAGGCCACAAAGACGAAGUCUUCACUGUUGCAUGCAGUCCUACGGAUGCAUCACUUGUGGCUUCUGGAGGCAAAGAUGAUAGGGGAUUUCUGUGGAGGAUUGGAUCACAAGAGGGUGCCCUGGAGCUGACUGGACAUAAGGAUACUGUUGGCGCAGUGGCUUUCAGUUCAGAUGGGAAUUUGUUGGCUUCUGGAAGUUUUGACGGGCAAAUAAAUGUGUGGAAUACAGCUACACGAACUCUCAAGGGAACCCUUGAGGGUUCUGGGUCAGGUUUUGAGUGGCUUAAAUGGCAUCCUCGGGGACAUUUGAUAAUCGCAGGAUCAGAGGAUUGUAAUGUAUGGAUGUGGAAUGCUGACCAUAAUGCCAUUCUAAAUACCUUUGCUGGACACAGUAACACAGUGACAUGUGGUGAUUUUACUCCAGAUGGUAAACUCAUAUGUACGGGAUCGGAUGAUGCAUCUUUGAGGAUAUGGGACCCAAGAAGUGCACAAAGCAGACAUGUUGUUCGAGGCCAUGGCUAUCAUUCUGAUGGAUUGACAUGCUUAUCAAUGACUUCGGAUUCACAAAUGGUUGUUAGCGGCUCCAAGGACAGUUCUGUGCACAUUGUGAAUGUAAACUCAGGCCUGGUCGUUGGCUCAUUAGUAGGCCACACCAAUUCCAUUGAGUGUGUUGGUAUCUCGUCAAGCUAUGGCUGGGUAGCUACAGGGAGCAUGGAUCAAAAGCUGAUCAUCUGGGACCUCACACGCCAAUCCAGCCGAUGCAUUUGUGAACAUGAUGAGGGCGUGACAUCACUGGCAUGGCUAGGUUCGUCAAGGUACGUUGCGUCAGGAUGCAUUGACGGCAAGGUGCGCAUCUGGGACAGCCUCUCUGGGGACUGCGCCAGGGAGUUCAGUGGGCAUGCAGAUGUAGUGCAGUCACUGGCUAUCACUGCCGACGGCAACACCAUGGUCUCCGCCUCAUCAGAUGGCUCCGCCCGUGUGUUUGACAUCUCCAUGUUCAAGUGAAGGAAACAAUUGGGACGGAGUAUGUAGAUGGUUGCUGUGUAUGCUAUGGCUUGUUUGUGCUGCAUGAAUGAUGAUGGCAUGUCAUCAUGGUAAAAUGCGAUUGUACUCAUGGCCUCAAGGUGUCAAAUGCUUGUAGAAGUGGUCAUUAAAUUCAUAUCCGUCUGCUGAUGCUCAGGUUGUGUGGCGUACUGUGGGACAGAUGAUACUGCUGUGUACUUGCAGGUGAACUUUCUAGUUGAUACUCCUAUAUACCAUGAACAUCAUUUCUUCUUGUUC